ACUUAUUUGUGAUCUGUAUGCAAGUGUUAACAAAGCUCCUUGAUAAAGCUGCAGUGGAGAGAAGGAUUGGCUACCACCCGUAUUGCAGAGAUUUGAAUUUGACUCAUAUAUGCUUCGCUGACGAUGUCUUAGUCUUCUCAGAUGGGAAAAAGAGUUCAAUUGAAGGGAUUCUAGAGGUGUUUCAGGAUUUUGCUAAGAUAUCAGGCUUGAAUAUUAGUCUUGAGAAAUCUACCCUGUUCUUGGCGGGAGUUAAGAGUGAAGAUAGCGCUUCUAUACUGGAGCAAUUCCCAUUUGAAGCUGGUUCACUGCCAGUAAGAUAUCUUGGUCUUCCCUUACUAACAAAGAAGAUGAGUGUACAAGAUUAUUCUCCUCUGAUAUCAAGAAUAAGAACUCGUGUUUCUUCUUGGACUGCAAAGCACUUGUCAUUUGCAGGAAGACUUCAAUUGAUUGGUUCAGUGAUAUAUAGCAUCACCAACUUUUGGAUGUCGGCUUUUCGCCUCCCGAGUCAGUGUAUAAAGGAAAUCCACAGCAUCUGCUCUGCUUUUCUCUGGUCUGGGCCAACGCUAUCCACACGGAAAGCAAAAAUUGCAUGGGCUGAUGUUUGUAAACCAAGAGAUGAAGGUGGGUUGGGUUUGAGGAAUUUGUUGGAAGCAAACAGAGUGGCUUGUCUGAAGUUAAUAUGGAGAGUGUUAUCUGCAAGGUCUUCGCUAUGGGUUAAAUGGAUUUGGAAGUAUCUCAUAAGGAAGGGAUCGUUUUGGAGUGUAAAUGAAAGGAGCACUCUAGGCUCUUGGAUGUGGAGGAAACUCCUGAAGAUGAGAGCUGUUGCAGUGCAGUAUUUUAAGGUGGAGAUAAACAGUGGCUCUACUACUUCUUUCUGGUUCGAUAGAUGGUCACCUUUGGGGGUUCUUAUUGAUUUCACUGGAGGAAGAGGCUGUGUAGAAUUAGGUAUUCCAAUAAAUGCAACGGUGGAGAGAGUCGUUCAAACUUAUAGGAGAAGAAGGCGUAGAGUUCCUAUUUUACAGCAGAUAGAACAAGAGAUUAUGGCUCUGCAGGAGAGAAGUCUUAAUCAGCUGGAUGAUGUUUGUUUGUGGAAAAGAGAGAGUGGUGACUACGCAUCGGAGUUUUCUACUUCCCAAACUUGGAACUUGUUACGAGAGAAGAAGCAGAAGGUUCCCUGGUCUAAAGGUAUUUGGUUUCCUGAAGCCACACCAAAAUUCUCCUUUAUGGCAUGGAUUGUCAUUCAUAACAGGCUGGCUACUGGUGAUAGGAUACUUAAGUGGAAUCCUCAAGCAGUGUCUGUUUGCUGGUUAUGUAAAACACAUUUGGAGACUAGAGAUCAUCUUUUUUUCGAGUGUGAAUAUUCAAAGGAAGUCUGGUUGGGGUUAACUAGAGGUUUAACAGGCAGUGGAGUGUGUCAAUGGUUGCAGGUUAUGCAGAUACUGAUCAAUGGUUUACAUGAAAGGGUAGUGACGUUCUUAUGGAGGUAUUGUUUCCAAUCUGUUCUUCAUGCGAUUUGGAUGGAGAGGAAUACUAGGCGUGUGGAGGAUAAAGCUCCGCCAACUUCUUGUCUUAUGAUAAAGUUGGACAAGCAGGUCAGAAACAGAAUUACUUCUUUGAGAAGGAAGAAUGGAGGUAAAUAUGAGAAAGCAAUGGAGGAAUGGUUUAAAAGAAGGUGAAGAAAGGAGUAUAGAAGUUAAGCAAUAGAUAUGAGUUCUUUUUUGUAAUAGGAAGCAGUCCCCUCUGUAAAAAGUUUUUUUUUGAAGUGAAUAAAAUUUAAAAUUCUUUAAAAAAAAAAAAAAAAAAAAAGAUAUAAGGUAGGCCACAUUAUUGUUGUGGUUGUUUGUUGGUGAGCGAAUGACGAUGGUUGGGCAACGUCCUCGCCGUGUUGAAGUCACGGCGGUUCCUAUACUCCUAAUACUAGUGGUGGUUCUCAGCGAUCUGUCAAUCUCCGUGGGAGCUGAGAAGUCGGUGUCGGCAUUCGUGCAGAACGCCAUUUUGUCCAACAAGAUUGUCAUCUUCUCCAAGUCCUACUGCCCGUAUUGCUUGCGCUCGAAACGCAUUUUCAGAGAACUUAAGGAACAGCCUUUUGUCGUGGAGCUUGAUCUCAGAGAGGACGGAGAUCAAAUACAGUACGAGCUUCUGGAAUUUGUUGGUCGCCGUACCGUCCCCCAAGUUUUUGUUAACGGCAAGCAUAUUGGUGGCUCUGAUGAUCUCGCAGAUGCUGUGGAGAAUGGUCAGUUGCAAAAGCUUCUUGCUGCUAGUUAGACUUUUCAGAAGGUGGAUGGAUGAUCAUGGACCUUAUGUUGUGAUCUAGAGGAAUAGUGGAAUCUUUUGUAGUGAACUUGAAUCAAUGAAUUGGUUUGUCUCAUGUUCACUGACUUGAUUGCUCCUUAUAUAUAUAUAUAUAAUAAUAAAGUUAUGAUGGGGCCUUGGUA